AUGUCGCUGGCGGUGGCCGGCUUUUACUCGGAGGCACACUCGAUGUGGGCGCAGUACACCCACGCCGGGCUUGGCGUUGCCUCGCUCUUGCUGCUCGCUGUCGCCGCCACCUCGCUGCUGGCCUUGGGCGCGACUAGCCCGCCUGAUGCUGGCCCGCCGCACUCGUACGCUGCCGCUACUGCCGCUACCGUUGGCGAUGAUGCUUUGCGCGUCGCCUGGGGCCUGCUGUGGGCCUUUGUCUGGUUCGUGACAGACCUGCCUAUGGCCGGCAUGGCCACCUUCAACUCGCUCAUGCCCAACGACUACGCGCCGCAGCAUGGCGAAGCGCUGCAUGGCUCGCUCUGGCUUCGAUGGUAUUUGCUUGCAUCGGCGCGCUGA